AUGUCCAACAGUACGGGAAGAGGUCAUGGGGGUCUUAACCAACUAGGUGGAAUGUUUGUUAAUGGACGUCCACUUCCGGAGGUGAUCCGGCAGCGCAUCGUGGACAUGGCCCACCAGGGGGUCCGGCCCUGUGACAUCUCCCGUCAGCUCCGAGUCAGCCACGGCUGCGUCAGCAAGAUCCUGGGACGGUACUACGAGACCGGCAGCAUCAAGCCUGGUGUGAUCGGGGGCUCCAAGCCCAAAGUGGCCACCCCAAAAGUCGUGGAGAAGAUAGCAGAGUACAAGAGGCAGAACCCCACCAUGUUCGCUUGGGAAAUCAGGGACCGGCUGCUGGCCGAGGGAGUCUGUGACAGCGACACGGUGCCUAGCGUCAGCUCCAUUAACAGAAUAAUUCGAACCAAGGUCCAGCAGCCGUUCAAUCUGCCUCUGGACGGAAAAGGCUUGAGUCCAGGACACACUCUCAUCCCGAGUUCGGCAGUCACGCCUCCCGAGUCGCCCCAGUCGGACUCUCUGGGCUCCACCUACUCCAUCAGUGGCCUGCUGGGUAUCCCACAGCCGAGCACCGAGGGCAAGAGGAGCCAUGAUGACAGUGACCAGGAGAGCUGUCGGCACAGCGUGGACUCUCAGGGCAGCGGCGGCGUCCCCAGGAAGCAGAUGAGAGUAGAUCACUUCCCCGCAGCGCCCCAGCACCUGGACUGUGGUUUUGACCGUCACCACUACCCUCCAGAGUCCUUCAGCUCAGCCUCAAGCAGCAAGACAGAGCAGACUUUGUACCCACUGUCGCUCAUCAAUGGCAGCCUAGAGGAAGCCAAGACCAGCCUCUCAACAUCCAGCGCAGCCAUUGGACGAAACCUGACGGCACACCAGGGCUACACCAUGGUGUCUGAGCCCCUACAGUCCCUCCCCCUCUGUCUGAAACAGGAAAUGUCCCCAGAAGUGACCAGCACAAGCCCCUCCCCAAACAUGGCAGCAUCCAGCCUGGCGUUUGUGGAGCUGCAGGCGCUGCAGAGACCCGUCUCUGUCAGUAGCAGCUGCAACAACUCCAACCAUUUCCCCAAUGCCUUCAACUCAUUCUCCCAUCAUGCACCAGUGUACGGCCAGUUCAGCAGUCAGUCUCUCAUCUCAGGGCGUGACAUGGUGAGCUCCACGCUGCCAGGCUACCCACCUCACAUACCCUCAACUGGCCAGACAGGCUACACCUCCUCCGCCAUCACGGGCAUGGUAGCAGGUGCAGAUUACUCUGGUCAGUCCUACACUCAUUCCCCCUACUCCUCCUACAGUGAAGCCUGGAGGUUCACCAACUCCAGCAUACUGGGUUCACCCUAUUACUACAGCUCGGCCUCCCGCACGGCCCCACCUUCCACGGCUGCCUACGACCACCUCUAG